AUGUCUGCUACUUCCGAGAUUGUUGCUCCUGCUGAUGCAACAUCCCUUGUUAACGUUAAUAUGUCUAACGUUACCAAACUCACAUCCACUAAUUUCCUGAUGUGGAAACGCCAGGUUCAUGCCUUAUGCAAUGGCUAUGAUCUGGCCGGAUAUCUUGAUGGUUCCACCGCUGCGCCGGAGGCAACUCUCACCACUGAUGGCGUCUCUUCCGCCAAUCCAGCUUACAAGCACUGGCAGCGACAGGAUCAACUCCUUCUCUCCAGUCUUCUUGGUGCUAUCUCUCUCUCGGUCCAGCCUUUACUCUCCAAGGCUAACACUUGUGCCGAGAUCUGGACCACUCUCACAACCACGUAUGCUCAGCCGAGUCGUGGUAACAUACUUCAACUUCGGGAACAACUGAAACAAUGGAAGAAAGGUACAAAAUCUAUUGAAGAAUACUAUCUUGGUUUCACGACACGAUUUGAUAAAUUGGCUUUGCUCGAUAGCCCCAUCCCACAUGAGGAUCAGCUUGACUAUAUCCUUAAUGGCCUUCCUGAGGAUUACAAACAGGUCGUUGAUCAGAUUGUUGGCCGUGACACACCACCGUCGCUGCUGGUUCUUCAUGAGAAGUUCAUCAAUCAAGAACUGAAGAUUCAGACGCUGCUUACUGCUUCGUCAUCAUCUCUUCCGGCCUCGGCUAACUUUGUUUCGCACAAAGGCAACAACAACCGCAACCAAUCUCAGUCUCGGUCAAAUCAUAACAGCCAACAACAACGUCAAUUCACUCCUCGGUCUGUCUCGCGUGGUUCUCAUGGCCGUGGUUAUCAGGGCCGUUGUCAAAUCUGUGGUGUUCAUGGUCACAGUGCAAGGUGGUGUUCUUAG